GGUUGACUAACUGUAAAAGCUGUAAACUAUUGUUAUCAUUACUUGAAUUGAUGCUGGCUUUAACGUUGGCAGCAGCGCUGAUCCCAGAAGAAAGUAUGGCACCUAGUCAGGACACACAGCUGGAGAAAGUCAUUGAGGAGGUGUUAAAGAGUGGGGAUGUCCAAGCUCUGGAUCUAUUCCUGCAAAGGGGUACAGAUGAAGGGGCCCUUUUCAAAUGUUCCCAACAGUUUCUCACCAAACUGGAUAAACUUAUCAGGAAGAGUUUGGAUCAGAAAGACUCCAAAGCAGCCAGUGUGGCUCUUGGUAUUCUCUACAAGUGUGGGAAAAAACUUAAACUACCCGGUGGCUGUCAAGGUCUGUCAGGAUUAAUACCACAAGGCCUGGCCGAAAAGAUGGCGCAGUGGUUUGAGAAAUGCAGGCAGCUGUGGAUCCAGUGUGGCCCCCUGUGGAAUGAGCCCUUGUUAAAUCUGUCAGAGGACUUCUUUGAUGCCUUAAUGGUGGUUCAUGAAGCUUGCAAGGAUGGGACAUACAAAAUCACAGAGUUCUUCCUAUACCCUGUGGGUCAGUUGGCAGUGGAUCCUAGAAUCUACAUCCUGAUCCAAAAAGAGGCUAUUAGGAAAUUCAACUUGAUUCUGGACAAAAUACCGGCAGAGCUGAAGAAACAGCGGAAGAUCCUUAAAUCCCAGGAAGCUUCAGACAUCAUGGUCAAGAUCGCUGGCCAGAUAUUGGAGUGUGGUGAUUAUGACUUGCAAACAGCCCUGAUGGAGGCUUUGUGUCGAAUGGCCACUUCUGACCAGAGAAAGGAGCUGGCUUAUCGAUGGUUCAGCAUGGAGCAUGUGGCCAUUGCAUUUGUCAAGAUCAGUGACUCGGAGUUUGAGACGGAUUGUCGAAAGUUCCUGAACUUGGUGAAUGGGAUGCAGGGAGACAAGAGAAGAGUGUUUUCCUACCCUUGUUUGGAGGCUUAUCUGGACAACAAUGAGCUGCUGAUGCCUGCUGAUGACAAACUGGAAGAGUUUUGGAUUGACUUCAACCUUGGCAGCCAAAGCAUCUCCUUUUACUUCUCUUUGGCUGAUGAAGCACAGGAAGGCCAUUGGGAAACACUAUGCAUUAAUGCUAAUGAAGUCCAAAGCUACACUGUGAAAGAGGAGGGCAAGGGCAAAAUCUUGCAGUUGAGGCUGUCAGAGAUGGUGAUUGUGGGAGCAGCAGAAGGAUCGAGCCUUACCAUCCACUUCAGCCCCUCGCUGGACAUUUUGCAGGCAGCCCAGAGUGUGUAUGGGCAAUGCAAACAAUGUAACAAUAGCUUUGUGGGGAAAAAAGGAACAUCUGUUGUGAAGACUACGGUAAAAAUCACAAUGGAAGAAAACAAUUCCCAGGUGGUUCCAGAAAGUCAGAUGUCCCUUGGUGACAGUGAGAAAAAUACUGCUCCUUAUCCUUUGCCUGCCCCACCUGUACCUGUACAGACACCGACCCCAGCCAAGAUGAGGAUUUCAGAGUCAACCCACUUUAUUAGUGGUGGUGCCGGAGGGCGUGUUCAGGGGGCCUCUUCCUUGUCUGCUGUGAUGCCAUCAGCCAGUGGUAAAGGGAAGCCAACCCUGGAGAUGGUCCGCUCAAGUGAAAGGCAAAGUGAAAGUUGUGGGGUGGAGAAUGCAGAAACAAAAGCAGCAGAUAAGGUCGUUGGUGGUCAGGAAGAAGAACACCUUGAACAAACUUUUGUGCCUGACACUCAACCAAGGACUGUGAGAAAGAUAUCUUCAUACUGGAACAAACUGUCAGUUUCUGAAAUGAUAAUAAUGCCCACACAGAAAGUCAAUUCUCAGCCAAGAACUGAGCCUUCGAGUUUAAAACGGAAAAAGGAGGGCCUGUCCUCAGCACAGAAGAUUUCAGCUCCGGUUAACAGUCCUAUCAGCCAAAAGAAACUCCAUGCUGAACUCACUCAGCGACUGCAGCAGGUCCUCAAGGAGAGAAACCAGGAUCCAGCACCCCAGGAAGAGCCAGCAGAAUUGAAGAGAAAAAUGUCUGACUCCAAAGGCAGAGGCUCUGCAGACCAAUGUGCUUCCAAAGAGCAAGCCCAGAGAGCUGGUCCAGCCAUACAGAAGAGCGAUGGCCAGAUGUCUGUAGAGAAAGAUACUGUUGUAGUCAAAGCUUCAGCCAAGGCCUCAACAAGUAAAGCUCAGAAAAUACCUCCUAUUGUUAAGGCUGCUACUAACAAGGACCUUUCAAGAAAAGCAAAGAGAGAUGAAGCAGUUGCAGGCUCUGCGGUAAAGCACGUCUCCAGCCGUCAUGCGACUAAAACAACAGCAAAAGAUUCAACAGAUGAUAGACCUCAGAACAGGAUUCCUUCUCUAACCUUUAACAGGCAGGUGUUUAAUAUGAGCUGGUUAUCAACUGCUACAAGAAAAGAAUAUGAAGCUGUGAGCCAGACAAAAACCAGAAGGAACACCACAACACACUUUACAAGGCAGAGGGAAGAUGUUUAUGCUUUCAGUGCUGAUGAGCCAUUUGGUAUUGGGGGAAGGGACAAAACCCUCAAUAACACUUCUGUAACGUCAAGCAGUGGCAUCCAUCACUCUUCAGCACUGCUGGGGUCAACAUAUAAAGAACAACCAGUGGAAAAAAAGAAGCGUCAUGUGAAAAAGCAUCUGUUCAGUGACACAGAUACAGACCACGCCUUGACAGAGGUCAGCUGGCUCAGGGAGUCGAGCAGAAAGCCCAAAGCCAAAGUUACCCAAUACUCCAGACAGGCAAGGCCUAAACCUGUGCGCCCCCAUACAUCCUAUGAAUCCCCACAGUUACCCUCUCCCACUCAAAAACCAACAAUGGUCAAUUACAAACCCAAUAAGAAUAAGCCCACUGUGAAAGUGAGAGCAGUACAGCCAAAAAAAAGAGUGAAGCAAGCAGCAGAACCCAGCAGACCGCAUGAAGCAGUAAGAAGACCCAGGAGAGCUGCAGCCGCAUUUGCCAAGAGUUACAGAGAGCCAGACACUGAUGACAGCCAAUCAGAAUCAGAUAAACCUCUUACUUCAGAGGCAGAAGACAACCCAAGCUCCGCUACUACUGAUAUGGAGAAAGCUCAGAAAAGUCACGAGGCUGCUCAAGUGUUGAAGAAUAAGACCACUUGCAAACAAACAACCAAAAGCUAUAUGAGGCUGGAAAGUUACAAUACUAUCAGCCUACCAGAGAAAGCCCUCAGCUCGAAGACAGAAAAGCUUGAAAGAGUUCUUUCAGAAACUUCCAAGUUAAAGAAGAAAAUUGCUGCCCCUGGUGAAGAACAAACAGGAGCACUGAAGGAUUCCUGGGCAGCUGGCCAGACCUCCUUUUCUCUGUCCCCUCCAUUCAUUGAGAGGAUGAGAUCUGCAGAAAGGUCAGCCCCAACCUUGGAUUUGACCUGCUCCCCUCUCCUCACCCCGCGGGGAUCCCCACUCCCUGCCUCCCCUGACCCUCCUUGCUGGGUCACCCCCUCUCCAAUCCUGCUGUUUCCCGAACCUCGCUCUACAGUCAGCAGUAAAGGACGCUUGAAGCCCUCCUCUUUCUACAGUGCAAAUAAGAAACACCGUCCCUCUAAAACAUCCUCCAUUCAGUCUGUACACACUGUGCGAUCUCUCCAUCCAUUGACCCCCAGAGGCCUAACCCCUGCCCCUGGUUCUAUCAUUGAUCGUAGGGAACCUAAGAUUAGUCCAGUCCAGCAGCACCCACCCUCACUGCCUCCGUCCCCUUUAUCUCCUUCUGCUCAGCCCCUGUUGACCUCCACUCUCCUGGAGAUGGACAGACCGUCCAUGCCCUCUCCUCCUCAGUCUCCUUUCCCUGAAGACAAACAGGGCUGCACUUUAAGUUUCAGUAAAAUGUCUUCAGUAUCACUGAGCCAGUACUCCAUUAAGUCAUCUGUACACAGCAGAGGAGUUAAAGACAGCUCAACUUCUGCCCUGACUGUGUCUCAUGACAGAGAGAAAACACCAACUUCUGACAAAGACCAAAAGCCUCCACAGCUUCAUGUAUCAGGACCCAACCGCAAGCGCCACAUAUCCUUGUCAAGUAAUUCUGAGGAAGAGGAGGAGGAAGAUCGUGUGAAAAGGCGGAUGAGAGGACAGUGUUCACCUCGGAUGAAACCAAGGAAGUUGUUCAAGUCCUAUGCUGAGUUGUCUGUUGAGAGUGAGGUGAGCCAGGGCUCCAGUCACUGGGAGGCUGAAACAGGAGAUGGUGAAAUGGACAUGGACAUGGACAUGGACAUGGAUGAGGAUUUGGAGUUGCCAAAAACAACUGUAAACCCAAGCAAGAUGUGCCAGCAAUUUAGAACUGACCUAAAGAAGAAGUUCCAGAGCCGUCAAAAGAUGGUAGAGGUGUACAGCAAGCAAUCUAUGAAGACUGUCCAGCAACAUGUAUCCUCUCUAAACAUGCAAGUGACCAAACACAGGAAUGAGAAGCUAGAACAAGUUCAGACUGUCCUCUUGGAAGAGAUCCAGAGAUUGGAGCAGAAUGAAACUGUGCUAAAAAACAUGGAGAAAGACCUGACUAUCUUCUGGAAAAAGCAGAUCACUGCGUUCUGUUCUUACCAUGAACAGGAAGCCAGGGGGAAUGAUACCUUAACAGUAGCCCUGCAGACUAACAUGUGUCCCAGCUUGGAGUAUGAGGAGAAAAUAUUCACAUCCCAGAUGUGCCUGAUAAGAAAAGACAUGAAGUCUGUUCAGGACAGACUCCUCAGUCAGAUGCAAGAGGGAGAGCUCCAGAGUGUGAAGCGAGGCCUACAUGCUUUGUUUUUCCCUUGAUGGAGUUGGAUUGGAGUUGAACUCACUCCUACCAAAGGUCCUUCCACUGUAAACAAUGUUUUGUAUUUUACUGCCAAACAUACAGUACAGUGUUCUUCCACUGCGCUGUUUCAUUUCAGCGUUUACCUCAAGUGUUGAUUUCUCCACUCUGUUUUUAUUGAGUCUGGAUUUGUUUGGUUUAUUCCUAGCUGGAUGUGUUAUUGCUGUAAGUCUGGUUUUAUUAGACUUGUUUGAGUAUUCUGGUAUUUAUUAUAUGAUGAAAUUAAUAUGUUUAUUUAUUCAUUUUUUUCUGUAAUAGCGCAGAAAAAUUG